AUGGAGUUUCCCUUACGAAAUAAUAGACAAAAUAUUAUAAACAAAAAGAAUAUUUCUAUACUAAUAGCCAUAACAUUAAUUCUCUUCACCAUUGUUCGUCUAAGUUAUCCAUUCUUGAAGUACUCCUCCAAGAACCCCGAAGAAAUUUAUCCUCCAUACCACGCAGAAGAUGAAUCCAUAAAGAUUAAGGAUCAAGAUUAUGAAAAGUGUGAUAUUUCUACUGGCGAAUGGGUUCCGAAUCCCGAGGCGCCGUACUACACGAACAAGACUUGUUGGGCAAUCCAUGAGCACCAGAACUGCAUGAAAUACGGAAGGCCGGAUAGAGAUUUCAUGAAAUGGAAGUGGAAACCGGAUGGAUGUGAUUUGCCUGUUUUCAAUCCUUAUCAGUUUCUGGAUAUUGUUAGGGGCAAAUCCUUGGCUUUUAUCGGAGACUCUGUUGGGAGGAACCAAAUGCAGUCCUUGAUAUGCCUCUUAUCCAGGGUUGAAUAUCCGAUCGAUGUGUCGUAUACUCCGGACGAGCAUUUUAAACGUUGGAGCUACGUGAGUUACAACUUCACCCUUGCCCACUAUUGGACACCUUUUUUGGUGAAAGCUAAAGAGGAAGACCCUAAUGGUCCAACCCAUACGGGCUUAUUCAAUCUCUACCUAGACGAGUUUGACGAGUCCUGGACUAACCAUAUAGAUGAAUUCGACUAUAUUGUCCUCAAUGCGGGUCACUGGUUUUACCGGCCAGCCAUGUACUACGAGAAAGGACGCAUUGUGGGUUGUCGCUUCUGCCAAAUUCCAAAUAUCACGGACUUUCCGAAGACUUACGGCUUCCGGAGGGCAUUCAAAACAGCUUUUAAGGCUAUAAACAGUUUAGAAAACUUCAAGGGGAUAACAUUUUUAAGGACCUUUGCACCAUCCCACUUCGAAAAUGGGUUGUGGAAUCAAGGUGGGAAUUGUGUAAGACAGAGGCCAUUUAGAAGCAAUGAGACACUUAUGGAAGGUGAAAAUUUGGAUCUUUAUAUGACUCAAAUGGAAGAAUAUAGGGUUGCAGAAAGAGAAGGGAAGAAGAAGGGAUUCAGAUUCAGAUUAAUUGAUACAACACAGGCUAUGUUGUUGAGGCCAGAUGGGCACCCUAGUAGAUAUGGGCAUUGGCCACAUGAGAAUGUGACUUUGUAUAAUGAUUGUGUGCAUUGGUGUUUGCCUGGACCAAUUGAUUCUUGGAGUGAUUUCUUGCUUCAUUUGUUGAAGAUGGAAGGCUGGAGAUCACACAAAGAGAGAAAUUCUCUAGCAUGA